GCUUCUCGUGGCCAAGCGGGUGCGGUGGGAGGGAUUCCGCCAGCGUUGAUGAGAGGCGAGCCCAGAGAGGUGAAAAAGAAUCAAGAUGUCAUCCACCCCUGCUUCACAUUCUUCUUCCCAGCUAACUGUGGCAUCACAAGUUCCUUUUGCAGAUCUCUGCUCAACGUUAGAAAGAAUACAGAAAUGCAAAUCUCGACCAGAGAAAGCAAAGUAUUUCAAGGAAUUUUUAGAUUCCUGGAGGAAAUUUCAUGAUGCUCUUCAUAAAAAUGAGAAGGAUGUGAUAGAUUCUUUUUAUUCUGCAUUGAGGCUUAUUCUCCCACAGUUGGAAAGAGAGAGGAUGGCUUAUGGAAUCAAAGAAACUAUGCUUGCAAAGCUCUAUAUUGAACUGCUAAAUUUACCAAAAGAUGGAAAAGAUGCUUUAAAACUUUUAAAUUAUCGAACACCUACUGGCCUACGGGGAGAUGCUGGGGAUUUUGCUAUGAUUGCCUAUUUUGUGUUGAAAUCAAGAUGUCCCAAGCAAGGUCAACUGACUAUACAACAAGUGAAUGAACUUUUAGAUGCCAUUUCGAACAAUAAUGCAGCCAAAAGGAAGGAUCUAGUCAAGAACAGCCUUCGUCAGCUAAUAACUCAGACCUCAGCACUUGAACAGAAAUGGUUGAUCAGGAUGAUCAUAAAGGAUCUGAAACUUGGUGUCAGCCAGCAAACUUUAUUUUCUAUCUUCCAUGCUGAUGCUGCAGAGUUGCAUAGUGUUACGACUGAUCUGGAGACGGUUUGUAGACAAUUGCACAAUCCCUCUGUGUUUCUUAGUGAUGUUUCUAUUAAAUUAUUUUUUGCUUUUAAACCAAUGCUUGCUGCUAUUGCCAAUGUACAACAAAUUGAAAAACAAAUGAACAAACAGAAUUUCUACAUAGAAACCAAAUUAGAUGGUGAACGAAUCCAACUGCACAAAGAUGGAGAUGUUUACAAAUAUUUUUCUCGAAAUGGAUAUGAUUAUACUCAGCAGUUUGGUGCUUCUCCCCUUGAAGGUUCAUUGACUCCAUUUGCUCAUAAUGUCUUUAAAAAUGAUAUUCAAAACUGCAUUCUAGAUGGUGAAAUGAUGGCCUACAAUCCCACCACGCUAACCUUCAUGCAGAAGGGAAGCAAAUUUGACAUCAAAAGGAUGGUAGAUGAUUCUGGAUUAUGGACAUGCUUCUGUGUGUUUGAUGUUCUAAUGGUUAAUGACCAAAAGUUGGGUCAUGAGAUGUUGAGCAAAAGAUAUGAGAUACUUAGUGAGAUUCUUAUGCCAAUAACAGGUCGAAUACAGAUUGUUCCUAAAAGAUGGGCUAAUACUCGGAAAGAAGUAGUAGAUGCUCUAAAUGAAGCAAUUGAUAACAGGGAAGAAGGAAUUGUGGUAAAAGACCCCAUGUCAAUUUACAAGCCGGACAAACGUGGGGAAGGAUGGCUAAAGAUCAAACCAGAGUAUGUCAAUGGACUGAUGGAUGAGCUAGACCUUUUAGUUGUUGGGGGCUACUGGGGGAAAGGUCUUCGUGGUGGCAUGAUGUCACAUUUUUUGUGUGCAGUUGCUGAGACUCCAGCACCUGGUAAAAACCCAUCUGUGUUCCAUUCCAUUUGUCGUGUUGGUUCUGGUUACACGAUGAAAGAGCUAUACGAUCUUGGCUUGAAAUUAGCCAAAUAUUGGAAACCAUAUCGUAAAAGGGAUCCUCCUUGUAAUAUCUUGUGUGGGACUGAGAAGCCUGAAGUCUAUAUUGAACCUUGUAACUCAGUCAUCAUUCAGAUUAAAGCAGCUGAGAUUGUGAGUAGUGAUAUGUACAAAACUGAUUGUACAUUACGUUUCCCUCGCAUUGAGAAGAUAAGGGAAGAUAAAGAAUGGCAUGAAUGCAUGACUCUUGACCUUCUAAACCAACUCAGAGGUAAAGCUUCUGGGAAGCUAGCAACUAAGCACCUUGAAAUAGUUGAUGAACCAAAAGAAAAGAAACGUAAAACUGUGCAAAAGGUUAAAAAAACAAUUGGUCUAAUUGAUCAUUUUAAAUCUCCUGAUCUUUCUAAAGUAAACAAAGUUUCCAGUAUAUUUGAAGAUAUCGAGUUUUGUGUUAUGACUGGGACAGGGAAAUAUUCAAAAUAUGAGUUGGAAAGUAAAAUAGCAGAAUAUGGUGGCAGUAUAGUGCAAAAUCCUGGGCAGGACACUUACUGUGUUGUUGCAGGGACUGAGAAUGUAAGAGUGAAAAAUAUUAUUUCAUCCAACAAGCAUGAUGUUGUGAAAGCAGAGUGGGUUUUUCAGUGCUUUCAUAUGAAAAGUCUUGUGCCCUGGCAACCUACUUUCAUGAUUCACAUGUCUCCAGAAACAAAACAACACUUUGCCUGUAAGUAUGAUUGCUAUGGUGAUAGUUACACAGUUGAUACUGACAUAGACCAAUUGAAGGAGGUGUUCAGAAGAAUGAAAAACUUUGAGGAAGAGAUAUCUUGGGAUAUGAUUACUGACAUAGAAACACGUUAUUCAUGGGAAAACACUCUACUAAGUAUGUUCAAACAGCACACUGUUUUUCUGGACCUGUCUGAUGAAGUGAGUAAUUCAGAUACCAAGUUUAAUCAAGAAAGACUAACUGAAGCACUGAUACUUCGUUUUCAUGGAGCAAAAGUAGUCUCACAGCUUGAAGAGGGUGUGUCCCAUGUAAUCAUUGGAGACCAUGGUAAUUUGAAGAAGAUAAAGACAACCAGAAAAAUGUUUAAAAGAAAGUUUAAAAUUCUGUCGAAACAGUGGAUAAAGGAUUCCAUAGAGGCUGGGAAGUUACAAAAUGAAAAUUUUUACUUAAUUUAACCCAGAUUUUAUUUAGUAGGAAAAGAGGUAGUUGGUUAACUUCAUAUAUUUAUUUAAAAGAAUUCUGCCAGGCUAUCUUUAAUACUUGCACAUCUUUUUUAAGUUUGGAGAUAAAUUAUGUUUGGGAGUGAAAGAAAAGCUUUCGAAUAUCGUGCUGAAAAACAGGAUGAGAGUUAUUCCUAAUUUUCUGAUCAUUUUACCUAGCUGAUAAUUUCACAUUUGUUUCAUCCGUUUUGCUCAAAUAUUUGACAAAAUAUUAUUUGGCUACUUAGAACUCAAACUACAAGCAAGUUAACCUGGGGGUAUGUGAACCUGAAAGGAAUUUGAUCCCACUAAAACUAAAUGAAGCUACUAAGGCUUCACUUACAGUACUAUGACUUGACUGAUUUGUGGAUGAGACUAUUAAUCAUUUAAAACAUUAGUAUCUAUGUAAAUUGAACAAUUGAAUAAUCUUUUUAAUGUUUUUCUUAUGAUGACACAACUUUUAAAUGAAUUACAAAGUCACCCAAGUAGGAAAUAGCUUUCCAUUACAACACAAUGAUCCUGUAAUUAUGAUCAUCAAAUAAUCUGAAGCAUACUGUCAGCUAGGAUUUAUUUUAAUGAAAAGCAGUAUAUAAAUUUUGCUAUUAAUAAAUGUGCUAAAAUACUCUUAAAAUGUUAGACAAAUGUCAAUUUUAUGGAUGUUUAACUUUCAAAAUGUAACUAAAUAUUUCUGAACUGUUCCAUUUCCUACUCUAUCAGUAGGUGAUUACAGUAAUACAUUUUAAGGGAUGGUUCUUUUUGGGGAGUUUUCUCAUCUGCAGUCAUUAGAUAACAAUGUAUUAAUUUUUAUAUCCUUAUUUAGGUAGUUUACUGUGUUUAACUUUAAGAAAAUUCAACGUUUUGGAUUAUAAUCUAAUUCACAAAUUCAUUUAUCAUGUAUCUUCUAGCAAAGGGACUAAAUUAAAGGGUGUCCACCUUUUGAGAUGGCAUAGAUCUUGAAAGAACUGGUUUUCAAUAGCUUGGCAGUGAAGUAGGGAGAAAAUCUUCAGUAGUUUGACAGUUGUGUAGGGAGAAUCCACAAAUUGAUCCUGUUUUUAUCUGUAUUUUAGUCAAUAUUCUGUACAAAAUUAUGCAAAUAAAAUCUGUUUUUAA